CACUACCCAACAGACCUUUCUGGUAUGGUAGGACCUCGAGGGAACAAGCGUUCCACCAGCAUAGCUCGUUGGGUCAUUGUGAUAUGCAAGCCCGACCACCACGUCAAGGUAGCAGCUAUCGGUCGGAAUGCUGCCGCCUACUAUCAGUGAUGAUCUUCCUGAUUGUGGUUGACUGGACUGGAUCAUACAACGAACCGCGAGGAACGAGAAGAUGGGCAUACGCUGUUUGACUGAUGAAAGGAGCCUAGAAGAUUUAGAUUUCGCCAGUGAUAAUCUAUGUUUAAUGUCGCACAAACUGGAAAAUCUACAGACGAACACUAACAAAUUGGCAAAAGAGGAGGGGAGAGGCAGCGAAGACGGUGAACGUAGAGAAGACAGAAGUGAUAAAGUUACCCAACCAUUACCACCACCAACAACAACAAGAAGCCUCAAUCACCAUCAACCGGAGUCUAAAAGAAGUUGUCUCUCUGACCUACCCAGCUACCUAGACAGCAUCGUUUCAACUAUAGACGGCGGCACAGAUGAUGUCAAAAGAUCGGAAAACAUAAAGACAGGCCUUCCUGCAUUAAUCUGAAGUCAGUGUGGGGAUCUACUGCACUCAGCAUAAAGAACAAGAUCCAGAUUUUCAGUCAGGUCAAUGCUUCUAUGUGAUGGUUGAGAGAUUUGGCGCGAUAUGAAAAGCGUUUCCAACAAACUACAGACAUCAACAGUUGCCUACACUCGAUACUGACGAUCGAUCAGAUGGCCAGUAGGAAUGAGCAACAAGGAACUCACUCUAUCAGCGAGCCCUUCGCCCAACAAAUAUGCAAGAGAAGAAAGUGGAGAUGGAUUGGA